CUUUUCCUUUGUCUUUUUCUUAUUUUAAUUUUCUGUUUCCAGUUCUUCAUUUUGCUUUCUCUUGUUUAUAUUCUAGCAAUCUACGGCUUUGAUGAUACCAUGUAGCAUUAUUUCGCCAUAUUACCCUUUCAAAUAAUUUGCUUUCUUGAUUUUUGAAGAAUUUAUAUAUCUUCCCUAAUAAUGUGAUUUAAGGGUGAUUUGGCUGAUAUUUCCAAUAAGUUGAGUGAAGAUAUUGAAACGCUGUCAUUGACUUAAGAAUUUUCCAGUACCCGAGAGGACAAGUUGAAGACACCAAAGUUGUAUAAAGAACAGAAGCAUCAAGGCCAGCAUCAGCUGCAGUAUAAACAGCAUCAAUAUCAAGUAAAAAAAGAUGUAUUUUACGCAAGAUGUUGUCUUGAAGCACAAAGAAAACACUUGGUCAAAUGGACAGGCAUAAGUCUUAUUCUUGGUUAAACCCUGAGAAGGAUUUCAUAUCUCAACUGGCAUCAAGACUGAAAUUUUUGCAAUUCAAACAAUGGAACAGGUGGAAUUUAAGGCAUACUUCAAAGUCAAAUUCCUUGUUAUUGCAAAGAUGGAAAACUUUAUGUAAACCAAGUGUUCCUGUGAAAAACACAAAGGAAACUGUUAAAGAAAAAGCUGCCAGACAUGGAUUUGAACCUAAUAUUGCUUUCCAAGGAGAGAAAAAGCAUAAGUGUAAUAUCCCAGUGAUUCAGAUGAGGAUUACUAUAAAGAAUGAUGGUGAUAAACCAAAGAAUACUUUUAAUCUGAAGGCUGAAAUAUCAUCAAAAUUUGCCGUGGAAUUGGAAAAUAUACUCACAAGUAUGACUGCACUUAAAUCAGAUGAAAUGCUUUACAAAGAGAAUGUAUCAAAGUUAGGAACCAGAACCUGCAUACAUGAAAAUUUUCAGACUGAGAAGUCAUUACAUUUUAAGAAAACAUUAAAUGCAUACCAGGAUGCUAGAAGUAGAUCCUCUUCUAAAUUAGAAGAAUCACCUGGCAUUAUGAUCGCAUCUUUUAAUAAAGAUCCUUUAAGAAAAGAAUCAACAUUUAUAAACAACAGUAGAAUGGAUAUCAGAAAGAUUGAAGAAUGUCAGCCAGAGCCUUACCAUAGAAAUAUGCUUGAAAGUAAUAAUACAGAAGGUACUAAAGCUGAAUAUGAUGGAAAAAUACUAAUUGAUGGUAAAACUUCAAUUGGUGGCAAAAUUCUAGUUCGUGGUAUAACAUUAAUUAAAGAUAAAAUUAUGGAUGAAGGGGAAACUAUGUCUGACGAGAAAAAUGAAUUUGUAGGUAAAUCAAACCCAGAAAGAAGAAAAAUAAAAGGAGGUGGAAUUCCAUGCAAAGGUAAACUAAGAACUACUUUAGGAUGCAAAAGUGAAGUGGACAAUAGGAGUAAAUUUGGUUGCGGUACUGAAUUUAGAGAUAAAACUGUAGCUGCAUCUACUUCUACACCCAGAAAUAAAAGAACAUCUAAUAUAAAACCCAGUGCUAAAUCUGUACUUGAAGAUGUAAUUGUAUUUGGAAGUAAGAUUAAAUCUAGUGCUGUCAGUUCAACCACAUCUCUUGAUAAGACUGAGAAUUGUGCAAAACCCUUAGUAGGUAGCAAAACCAUACCCAGCAGUAAAAAAAUAGUGAAAGGUAAAACCACAGCAACUGGUAGUACAACUGCAUUUCCCAGGAAGUCUGUGCUGGAACGUACAGCUGUAUUUGGUAUUAAAACACAAUUUGGAAGUACUAGUGAUCCAGGAGAAAAAUCAACAGGCAGAAAUGAAAGUGUGUUUGCUAACACACCAGAAGGAAAGGAAAAUAGAAUAAAGAUUAAAGGAAAAAAUGUAACUGGAAGUAAUGCUAUUAAAUGCAAAUCUACAGAUAAACAGAAAGCUUCAGCUGCAGUUUACACUCCAGCAGACAGUUUUAAAACUGUUAUAAGAAGUACACCUAUAAGAAAAAUAUCUUUUGUACAUCAAGAUUCAUCUAGAGAUAAAUAUAUAUCUAGAGAUAAAUCUGCAUAUACCAAUAAAUCUAUAUCUAGAGAUAAAUCUACAUCUGGAGGCAAAUUUACAUCUGGAGGUAAAUUUACAUCUGGAGCCAAAUCUACAACUGGAGAUAAAACUGGAUUGGGAGGCUCAUUUGUACCUAAAAGUAAAAUUGUAUCUAAAAGUAAAACUACAGCAAGUUCUAAUGACACAGCCAGAGCUAAGUCAACAGCAGGUAAUUCUACAUGUAGUAAUAAAAAAUAUUCAAUUGGUUAUAGUAUCCCAACUUCUGGUAAAACUAAUCCAAAGAGAAAUUCUGCUAAACCAGUCAUUCAAACGAAACUGAGAAACACAGUAAGAAAAGGAAAUACUUUUCAAAGAAAUGAAAAUUCAACACAAAAUUUUAGUGCUGAGUUUAUCACUGUCAUCAACUCUUCAGGUCUGCAAAUCAGUGAUGUCCAUGAUAUUGUAAGAAUGGAAAAUACUUUUGACAGAAAUGAUAAACCUUUGAAUAAUACUGCAAUAGAAAAUAUUCAUCCUAUAAACCUUUCAGAAACUUUGGAAGGCAAAGGUGUCAGCAAAAAUGUCAGGGGUGAUGAUAUUCUUCAAAGAAAUGAUAAAACUUUGAAGAAUGUUAAUACUUCAUACGUCACUCUUGCCAAGUCAACCGAUGCUUUGGAAGCCACUGGUAUCAAUGACCUAAGAGGGGAAAAUACUCUUCCCUUACCAUUGAAAGUUAAUAACAAACAAGAUACUCCUACUGAUACAUUAGAAGCUAUAGAAGUGUGUAAUGUUGAUGAAGUAAUGGACAGAUUAAAACCGAAAGAUAAAUAUGACUGUAAACUUUGGCUUGUACAUAUGAAACCGGUUCCUGAUGAGGAUCAAUACAGCCACAGAUAUUUACUAAUUCCACUGAUACCAUGUCCACCAGACAACAAAUCAAUAUCACAACAGACUGCUAACCUGAAAUCCACAAACAAUUUCACAUCAAUGAAGUCAACAAAGAGAACUCGAAAUUCUUCUGUUAGAUCAAAAGUUAGCCUCAAAAGUAAGAAGAAAGUGAAUUUUACAUCUCCAACCAGAGCAGAAAUUGUACCUCAGAUGAUACAAAGAAACAGGAGUAAAUUAAAAUAUGCAACCCAAAAAAUGACAGGGGGUAAAACUACAGAUACAGUGGAACAAAUGCAAGCAGAUGAGAGAAGGAAUUCUCAAAAACAAAUCAGUACGAAAAAGUCUCAAAGUUCAGUUAAGGAAGACUAUGUAAAUAACUUGAAAUCUAAGCAACAGACAUCUCAAGUACUGAGUAAUUUUAAAAAACAAACAAAUGACAUCAAAUCAGAAAACUUAGUUCGAUCAAAUAUUACAUUUAGAAUAAAAAAUGAAUGUGCCACAGAAGUUUCUCUUGGAAUAAAAUGCAUAUCUGAAGAAGCUCCUAGUCAAAGUAAGGAGAAUUUCUUGAAAUCAGAAGAGGUACCAAAUUACGUAAGUACAAAAGAGAAUGCAAUUGAUCUGAGAGAAGAAGAAGAACCAAACUGGAGCUUUUGGGAAAAGAAAAAAAAUGAAGACCAAAUUGAACUGCAAAAAAUAAGGAAUUUUCUUCAGUCAAAUACUUUCAGAAAUUCACCAUUUAUUUCUGAAAAAGUAAGAACAUUUUUGGCUAGGAAUGAUUCAGUAUCAACAGAAGAAAUGUAUGAACCAGAACUUAAAGAUAAAGAAAAUACAUUACAUCAUUCAACUAGUCUAACUGAACCAGAAAAACCACCUGAGAUGACAAGCGUACUGAAGACGAGCAGCCAAUGCUGUUCAAUAAAUGCAGGUGAAGAUAAUGUUUCUGUAAAUCUAGAAUCUUUAUCUAUGCCUGAAAUAGCUUCCAAAAUUAAAAACUCUAUAAAUAAGAUAAAGAACCUGUCUAAUCCAAACCAUGAAGUUCUGUGGAAAGAAAACUGUAAUUUGAAAACUGAACCAUAUGGAAGAAAUGCUUCCCAGCCAAAGAUUACAGGUGGAAGAAAGCAAAGCCUUCUGUGGCAUAAUAUGAGUGAGCCAACAUUGGCAUCACAGACAAAAGGAAAAUUGGAAUUGAAACAUAAUUUUAAAUCAAAUGAAGUUCAGAAGCCUCGUGAUAUAGGACAAGUAAAUAAAAUUAUUCCAGGUAAAAAGAAAGAAUUGAAAUUAAAGACUAUUCUCACAGGUAGAUUUUCUCAUGAUCCAUUGCCACUUCAGCUGAAAAAUCUAGCAAAACAUGAAGUUCUUUCAAAGAAAAAAUGGAAUCAAAGUAAGAGCAUUAUUCCAAAAUCAAAGACCAAUACUAUUAGUUUCCCUUGCCAUUACUCACUGUUUGAUGCUUGCCAUUCAGUGGAGACAAGAGAAGGAUUUCCACAAAAAUUUAUGAUUGCAAGUGAUAAUGUAUUUAAACUAAAUGAUAUAUUUUCUCCAAGAAAUACUCCUGGAACUCUGUUAACAUAUGAACAAAAUAACAUUCUUAAAUCAAUGGUUACAAAAAGAGAAGAGAAACUAGCUACGCAAAAUAAUGUAAUAGAAUUGGUAAUGAUGUUUGAUUCACUAGACUCAAAGAAUCUAUUUAAAUCAACUAAACAAUUUCAUGAAAAUAACUUGAGGAAGACAAUAGUUUCUGCAGGUCUUAAAUCAGAAGCAUUUAAAUAUGGCCCUGAGAAAAGGAGGCAAAAUAUACAAUCAUUUAAUUUAGCCCAUUCAUAUGAAUUGGUAGAUAAACUGGAGCCAAAAGUGUCUUUGAGACCUCCACAUUUUGUUAAAAAUAAAGCUAUAUUACAUAGAAAGGCAUUUUCUGGCCCACAGAUUACAAAAACACAAACAAUGUCUAAAAAAAAUAAUAUGGAAGAAAUGAAUCAAAUAUUGACACCAAAAAAUAUGCAGAGGAGAAAAACUGUUAGUGAACUACAGACAAUCAAUAAUCUAAAAUUGACUUCUAAAUGGGAAAAUAAGUUAAAGGUAAACAAUAUUUUGGAUCAGUAUCAACACAGAAAGACCUGUUUAGUAGAGAAGGCUCAAAAACAAGUGAUCGCAUCUAAAUCAAAUGCUUGCUUAAAACCAAAAAUGGAUGCCAAUUCCAGCAAUGUAUGUAAACCCUUACGUAAAUAUGGCCUUUUGUUUGAACAACCAAUUUCAUCCAGUUUGAAACCAGAAACAGAGAUGAAGCUAAACAUCACACCAACGACAGGUAGUAAAUUUCCCCACAACUUUACUCCACGGAACAAACUACUGCCACAGACUUUACAGAGACUGAAUAAUUUGUUUCAAACAGCCAAUAAUCUUGGCCAGAGGAAUUCCUGUGGAACAAAUAUUAUGUCAAAAGCAGAAAGAAAAUUUGAGCCAAAUAUUAAUUUCUCAGAAAUUAAAGAAGCAACAGCAAUUUCCAAAUUGAUAAAUUCAAAUGCAACAUUUGAGCUGGUUCACUCAAGUGAUUCAACAGAAUUUAAUGAAACAUUAGCAAUAGGACAAUCCAGUGUAAUGCAGAGAUCAUUAAUUGAGUCAAUGAAAUCCAGUAUUGUGAAUGAAUCUAUGAAAUCCAGUGAAAUAAGAUCAGCAAAAUCUAAUGAGAAACAUAAAUCAGCAGAAUCAGAUGAUAAACUUCAAUCAGAGGCACCAAAGUAUUUGCAAGGAUCAUGA